AUGUUCACCGUCUCCGCCCCCACGCACGCGAGCCUUCGGGCGUUCAAGCCGAACACGGUUUCGUCCAAGACCACGGCUGCGGUUCCGCGCUCGAGCGGCCGCGUCGGUCUCGUCGUCGAGGCGUACAAGAGAGCGGCGAAGAAGACGAAGGCGGUGCUCUUGAAGACGUCCGACGUCGGCCAAGAGGGCGACAUGGUCGAGGUCUCUAACGGUUUCUUCCGCUCGUACCUCGAGCCGCAAGGUUUGGCGACCAAGGUGAGCCAAGAACUGAUGGCUGAGUUCGAGGCGAAGGCUGCCGAGGCGGCGGCGGCCAAGGCGAAGGAAGUGCAAGACGCCAAGGCGCUCGCGACGGCGCUCACGACGAUUGGCAAGUUUGUGGUGAAGAAGACUGUGGGUGAAGAUGGCAAGAUUUUCGGCUCCGUCUCGGCGGCUGAUGUGGUCGAAGCGAUCAAGGCUCAAACUGGCAAGGAGUUGGAAAAGAAGGCUUUUGACGUCCCCGACAUUUCCGCCGUCGGCGUCUACGAAAUCAACGCCACGUUCCACAAGCAAGCGCAGUGCAAGUUCCAGCUCGAAGUUGCGAAGGAUUAA